UCAAGUUUUUCAACGAUUCGAUCAAUUUUAUUGUCAAAUGAAAUGAAACGCGUUUGCUUGUGUUCACGGUUUUGUGUGUUGUCCAUUUAAUUUUUUAUUCAUUGUUUGUAAUUUCGGUUUUUAAUUUCAUGACUAUCAUAACUUAAACAAUGCCGUUCUGUGCUCCUUAGUUCUGCUAGAUCAAAAAAUAUCGUGAUCGAGUAAUAAUUCGUGUUGACAUCAACAAGCGAGUGAAAAAUGGCUUACAUUCGGGAGCAGUAAUUGCUGUUUAGUUGGUUAUGGUCCAGUGAGUGUGUGAUUGGGUGCAGCCGCUGACACGAUGAGUAACUGGGCGAGGAGGAUGCACCGGCGGGCGGCGACGCUGAGCAACGUCGUGACGUCGUGCGGGCACCCCAACACCCUGCCGUAUCCGCGACGGCUGGAGAAAGUCAAAUUCGGAGUUCCGCUGUUGGAAGUCUGCAAAGACGAUAUCCCUGGACCGCUGCUUGUAUUAAUCCUGAAGCUGAACAAGGAGGCCCCGCUGCGCCGCGACGUGUUCCGCGCGCCGGGCCACCAGGGCGCCAUGAAGAAGCUCAUCCACUUCCUGCAGACGGGCCGCCUGGUCAACGUGGACAACUACUCCGUGUACACCAUCGCCAGUGUCCUCAAGAAAUUUCUACGAAAAAUUCCUGGAGGUGUGUUUGGUCGAGAGGGAGAAAUGCAGCUUUUUGCGGCUGUGGAGCUGCCGGAAGAACAACAGAUUGAUGAAAUACGCAGGCUGCUGCUCUCUCUGCCGGUGUGCACGCAGCGGCUGCUGGUGCUGCUGUUCGGCACCUUCCGUGUCAUGGCCUCCAACGCCGACAAAGCUGGCACGGGUAUGACUUCAGAGGCCCUCGGCGUGUCGGUGGCGCCCUCUUUCUUCCACUCGUGCGUGUCCGACGGCAAGACCGCCACUAUGGAGGAUGUGCAGCGGUUCAAGGCUGAAGUGUGUGUGGCGACACGGAUCAUGCGCCAACUCAUAGAGCAGUUCAGCGCGGGGGACCUAUUCGGGCGCGCGAACUAUGAGUAUUACGCUCGAGUGACGGGGCGUAUUCUGCGUGUUAGGGACGAGUGGAUCUGCUCGUUUCGCGAGCCGCCGCCGCCGAGGCACCGCCGUGAUCAGGACGCUUAUGCGCGUCAACUGUCACUGGAAGCUGAGAAGACGUGGCUCCAGUGUGAAUGCGACCGCUGGUGCAACAAAUUCAAUUUGGAAGCAGGUCUAGCCAAGUCGGAGGAGUGCCAGUCGAUGCCGGCGCUGGGCGGCGGCGCGGCGGGCGCGGCCGGCGGCGCGCUGGGCAUCAUCCCCGAGCACAGCCUGCUCGACUCGUGCACGCGCCUGUCCAUAUCGCUCGAGGAGAGCGUGUUCAAGGUGUCAGUGAGUUCAUCCUCGCAAUCGUCUCGCAGCAACUCCAGCCCGCACAUGACUCUGGAGGAGCUGCGAGCCAUCAACAAGUACGCCGAGAGCACUAAGAGCCUCUCCUACUUGCCACAGGUGCACGAGCGGCAGCGCGCGCGCAUGCGCUCCCGCUCGGAGUGGUUCCUGCAGGCGGAGGAGCCGCCGCGGCUGCGCGCCGGCGGCGAACGUCGGAGCUCGCGGCGUCGGUCCCGGCGCGUUAAGGCGCUGUGCGGGAACGGUGCCUCGUGCCGUCACCUCACACACUCUGACACUGAAGUCCCGCUCUCUAUCCAGCCUCGUCAAGUGACCGCCUGACAGACCCCCAACGAGGUGUACUAGAAACUACUAGAACAUUCGACGGUAAAUUGCAUCCAUGUUUAGUACGAGUUUCUCCCGAUAGAUGGCGUUGAAAGCGAAAUUUCUGUUUAGGUUCAGUAUUACUAUAGUAGAUUCGUUCUAAUACUUCACAUUGGGAGAUAUAAAUUCGACGGUAAUGCACGCAUGUCUUAACCAAUGGGGAAGAAAACCAAGUGAAACGUUGGCAGCACUAUCGGGUAAGCCUUUCAGGUUCUGACCAAUUAUAUUAUUGGGGAGAAAAAUGGCCACUGAACCAACCAGUUAGAACUGGGGAAUCGGGCCUGCACGACAGUGGCGACAUCUGAAAUAAGCUUUGAGUUUUCCUCCCCAUUUGAUGUUUAGUACGAGUUGCUCGCGAUAGAUGACGUUGAAAACGAAAUUUCUGUUUAGGUUCAGUAUUACUAUAGUAGAUUCGUUCUAAUACUUCACAUUGGCAGCUAAACUAGAUGUAACUUAUAAAUUAACGUGGUUUUGACAGCUGUCAAGUGUGACCUAUUGGAUUGAGUCUACUACUUAUACUACAUUUUAUCUUAACUAUGUACUGUCGCUGUAGUAAAGUUUCUCAGAUAUAGUGUGAGUACUUUAUUCAUGUAAGUAAUUAAAGAUUAAUCUCAGAAGUUUACAAUAGAUGGCGCUGAACCAUCGAUCGUUCAAUCGCAACCUCAAUACCUAUCAGUUUCCAACGAAUUUUAUCGCAUACAGUUAAAUUGGUGUUGAUUCGUGUUAAACUAGGUUUUAGAUAGGUAGAUUGUUCUAAACAUGUAUUAUUGGUGUAUUAGCUAAAUAAUUAUCGAUUAUAAAACAAAAAAUGGAGUUAAAAUUGGGAUAAAAUAUUUCGGAGAGCAUAGCAUUUGAAAUUGAAACACGCACAUCCGAUAUUUUAAAUAAUUGUACGGUGUAAAUUGUUAAUGAAUUUAGUUACUAAAUUAGUUAAAACAAUACCAUCUCUCAGCUCUCUAAUAAUCCGAAUUAAUGCGAUCAAAAUGUUUGUUAUAUCUCGGAAGGAUUAAGUAUGGUGCCUUUUGUCAUUGAUUUAUAUUAACAAGGCACCAGCUUCCUUAGUUAACACACUAUCAGCAUUUCAUUACAAUGAUUAGAUUGGGAUAAAUGUGCCAUGGUUGAAAAACCGAGAAAUUGCCAGCACACACUUUUAUAACAUAACGGCUACUAGUGCCUAAUACGCACAUAACUAGUAAAUAAGUUAUUAAACAUUCCCGUAUUGAUGUUAUUUUAAUAUUUAGCACGUUUAUUAUCUAAGGUAGUUGCUCCCUUAUUCAUAAAUACCUCUUGCUUAUUAGUGCGUAUAGUUUGGUAUCUUUUUAUUGGGAAUGGAACAAAGAUUUCUGCACUGAGCUAAUGAUGUUAUAUAUAAUCUAUUUAUGAGGGUAGGGGGUAGUUUGUAUAGUACGUAUGUUUUAAAUAAGUCUCAAAUCAUUGAGGGUUUUUUUUUAAUUUGACUGAUCUAUCACCAAGCAUUUCGAUUUCACUACCUCAAUUGAUUCCAUGUAACUUUGAAACAUUUCAUCGGCAUUUUAGUAUUUUUGGGAGGACAUACAAGUAUUAUCACCUUCAAAUCUUAUAACGUCGUUAAUUAAUUGAAACAAGAGGUACGUAUCUACUUUUGACACUGACUUCUAAAGCCAAAAUAUGUAGCCAGGUUUUACAUAAAGACUGAAUUAUCUUUUUAUAGUAAUUUUAGCAAAGAAACUUACGAAACAACCUGAAACGAAUAUUUGCGAUGGUAAUUUGGAAUCUAUUUAUCAUAGUACAAAUAAUUUUUGCUAGAGCUUAUGUGUAAUCGUUGUCUUAUUAUUGGUUGCUUUAGAGGACAACUUUGAUUGGUCUGUGAGAACUUACGGUGGAAAUGUUUAUCAUUGUUUGAAAACUGCACCUUUAAGAGUGUAUUCCUUUUUCUUUGCAAUACGUAACCAAAAUGA